CGGUUAAUGCGCGCUUUGAUGACGUAACGGGCGCUUAAAGCGCGGCCGCGCGCGCCGCUCGGGCCGGCGCCACGCGGGACGCGUCCCUGAGGCCUCCCCCCCAGCGCGGGGACCGCCCGCCUCGACUGCGGCCUUCGCCGAGAGGCCUUGCCCAGCGGCCGCGAGGCGCCCCGCAGGCCUUCCGCCUUCUCCCGCUCCGGGGAUUCGGCGGGCCAUCAUUGGCUCCCCAGCGCGGGGCGGGUGGCGCCGCCAUUGGCUCCGGGUCGCGCUGAGUGCCACGGGCCCGCGCCAAUGGCCGCGGGGGGCGGGGCCUGAGGGAGUGGGCGAGACCUUAGGGGGAAUGGGCGGGGCCUAUUGGUAGUGUGUGCUUUGUGGGAGUGGGCGUGUCCUAUGGGAGUGUGGGCGGGGCUUUACCUCACGGCUGGGCCGGCGCCGCCCCUGGGGAGGAGGGAGAAAAGGAGGAGGGGUCUGGGUGCUGCUCCCCCUCGGCCCGGUCCUUGCAGCAGCCUCCCAGGGCUUAAGGGGCCCCAGGGAAGCUGGGGGAGCCGAUAUUAAACAGUGCAGGGAUGGGGCGAGGCGUAGGGGUGUUAAGCUGAAAGAGGGGAGGUUUAGGUUAAAUAUUAGGAAGACUUUUUUUGCUGUGAGGGUGGUGAGGCAGUGGAACAGGUUGCUAAGGGAAGUCGUGGUUGCUCCAUCCCUAGAGGUGUUCCAGACCAAGUUGCAUGAGGCCUUGAGCAACCUGAUCCAGUGGGAUGUGUCCCUGUCCACUGCUGGGACUGGAUGAUCUUUAAGGUCCCUUCUGACCCAAACCAUUCUGGGCUGGGAAGAGCUCAAACAGCUUUCCUGUCUGUGUUAGCUGGGAGCAACUGCUGCUGCCUGCCCACAGCCCCCCUCAGGUCCCCCUGGGCCACUGCAGCAAGGUGGUUAUUUGGGGUCAUCUGAACUGCCCUGAUGCCGGUCUGCCCGCCUGCCUUCCUGCCAGAUCCACCUAAGCAAGCAAAACAAACGUCUGCUGCCUAAAACACGUGGAGGCCCUGCUGUGUUCCAGGACAAUCGCCAUAAUAAGAUGGCUUCAUUGAGGCAGUGUAUAAAACCAGACUCACAAAUCAUACCUGUAUCACAUGAGGUGCGCCCAGUGUUACAGGCUGGUAAGGUUAGAUUAGUAGUCCAGUCCCAUCACUCAUCCAUGAGCGCACCCUUCAGAGGCAACUUGGAUCACUUCUGUCUGCCUUCCUUAGACCCUCGGUUUUCUCUGAGAACUGUACCUUUCACUUCUUUCUGUGAAGCAGGCGUGCUGUUAUGGAAUAUAUGCGGUUGUGUUAGGGGUUUUUGUGCAAUAUCACUGAGUUUUUACAAUGAGAAUGCUCAGUGAAUGCUGCAGCUGCUUUCUGAUACACAGCAAAUUCACCCUUUUUACUAGUUUUGUGUUAAUUCACAACAAUGAACUAGUUGUCUUAAGUUGUGUGUUUUCUUAUUCAUGUUUUUAAGUGUUCUAAGAAAGACAAACUUUAAAAUUUCUUAGAUACGGUAGAGGGGAGGCUGCAGUUAUUUUGAGGGUUUUUUUUUUCCUAAGUUAUCCCUAUAAACUCCCAGAUUGGAAGUAAGCUGCAUUUGGGUAGGUGGGAAUCAUGGGAGCUGGAAGUCAAGAUUUUGUUUGUUUUAACUUUUAAGGAAUUAUGCUUUUAACCACAAGUCUUCUGUUCUUUUAUGAUGUGUCAAAAAUGGGCAAGAAGAAUUAAACGGUGAAGUAUAUGGCUGACAGCUUCACACAUGAGACUUUAUCUGGAAUACCACAUGAUGAAAGAAAGGCAGGAGCUGCUGCUCAUCUGCCUUACCAUGAAGUGAAUGCAGCAGCAGCUGUUUCCUUCCACCUCACCUUCCCCUUGCCCUCAUAGGCUGCUCUCCUUUGUUCCCUUUAAGACCCUGAUAGCUUUUUGUGCCUGUUGACAAAGCACUGCUAGCAGGUGGAGCCAGUGUUCCUUAAGCAGAUGCUUCUACUCUUCUUUUUUUUCAUGCUCUUGGCAAAAUGACUUUUCCAGCUUUUCUGAGAUGCAAGAAAGAGUGUGUUUUGUGGCUAGUCCUUUUGCGAUGGAAGCCGAAGAAACGAUGGAAUGUAUCCAGGAAUUCCCUGAACACUAUAAAGUAAUUUUAGAUAGACUGAAUGAACAGCGUGAGCAGGACCAGUUUACGGAUAUCACUCUGAUUGUUGAUGGUCACCAUUUCAAAGCUCAUAAGGCUGUUCUUGCUGCCUGUAGCCAGUUCUUCUACAAAUUCUUCCAAGAUUUCACUCAGGAGCCCUUGGUGGAGAUUGAAGGUGUAAGUAACAUGGCAUUUCGUCACCUAAUUGAGUUCACCUAUACAGCAAAACUAAUGGUCCAAGGUGAGGAAGAAGCAAAUGAUGUUUGGAAAGCAGCUGAGUAUCUGCAGAUGUUAGAAGCUAUCAAAGCUCUUGAAAUCAGGAACAAAGAAAAUUCAUCAUCCUUAGAAGCAAAUCAAGCAGAAGGUCAAAGUAAACUGAAAAAGAGGAAGAUAGCUGAAACCUCUAAUGUUAUCACAGAAACAUUGCCAUCUGCAGAAUCAGAGCCUGUUGAAAUUGAAGUUGAGAUUGCUGAAGGGACGAUUGAAGUGGAAGAUGACAACAUGGAAGCGCUUGAAGAAGUAGCUUCUGCAGAGCAAUCCAUAAAGUACAUACAAGCAACGGGUACAUCAGAUGAAUCUGCUUUGGCCCUUUUGGCAGAUAUCACCAGCAAGUAUCGUCAGGGAGAGAGAAAAUGCCAGAUCCAAGAAGAAGGUGAUAGUGCAACUGAUCCUACGUGCAAACAGGUAGAAGGUAUUGAAAUUGUGGAACUUCAGCUGUCACACGUGAACAAUUUAUUCCACUGUGAGAAAUGUAACCGUUCGUUUAAAUUGUUUUACCAUUUUAAGGAACACAUGAAAACACACUCUACUGAGAGUUACAAGUGUGACAUAUGCAAUAAAAGGUACCUGCGAGAGAGUGCUCUGAAACAGCACCUCACCUGUUACCACCUUGAUGAAGGUGGGGCCAGCAAGAAGCAAAGACCUGGCAAAAAAAUACAUAUAUGCCAGUACUGUGAUAAGCAGUUUGACCACUUUGGACAUUUUAAAGAGCACCUCCGGAAGCACACAGGUGAAAAACCGUUUGAAUGUCCAAACUGCCAUGAACGUUUUGCUAGGAAUAGCACACUCAAAUGUCACCUAACGGCCUGUCAGUCUGGAGCUGGAGCUAAAAAGGGAAGAAAGAAGUUAUAUGAAUGUCAGGUUUGUAACAGUGUGUUUAACAGCUGGGAUCAAUUCAAAGAUCACCUGGUGAUACACACCGGUGACAAACCCAACCACUGCACCUUAUGUGAUUUGUGGUUUAUGCAAGGCAGUGAGCUGAGAAGGCAUCUCAAAGAAAUACACAAUAUUUCGGAACGAAUAAUGGCAGAAGAGGUUCUUCCAGUGGAAGCUGAACCAGUAACUUCAAUGACUAUAAUAGAACAAGUGGAGCAAGUCCAUGUCCUACCGGUAAUUCAGGUACAAGUGGAUCCUGCACAGGUAGCUGUGGAACAGAUGCACCAGGAUCUCAUACAGGACAAUCAAGUGAAAGGCACACAGAUGGAUGAACUGCAGGAGCAGGUGCAAAUCAGUUACUUGGAAGUUGAACACAUUCAGACUGAACAAGGGGCUGAAGUGCAUGUUGAGCAGUUACACGUCGAGCACGUAAAUCAGAUACAAGUGGAAGAAGUACAGGCAGAACUUACAGAUGGAACGGACCUUGAACAAGUAGAAUAUGGAAGUGUCAAUCAAGGAGAAGGAGAAGAAAAGGAACAUAAUGAAGUGGAUGAUGCAGCUAAGGAAGUUCAUGAACAAGCUGAAGACUUAAAAACUCAACAGUUAGUGGACAUGCAGAAUGAAAAGGUGGAUGACUAGGACAAAUAACAAAGCUAUGCAGGUUUAGGGGUAAAAUACAAAGUUAUUUUUGUUAACUUUUACAUUGGGUUUUGAACCUUCAGUGGUGACUUUUCCUAUAUGCUGUCCUUUGGAAGGUGGAGAAGUGGACCAAAAUUAGCUUUCAUGUACAACUAAACUUCUCUUAUAUGUGAAAAAAAUUUCCCCAUGCAUGUAGUACCAUGGAACAGAAACUACCACAGACAUGGACAGUUUUAUGAGGAUUUUAAUAAGGAAUAGCCUGUAUCAUUGUCACACCAUCCACGUGUAUAUGCAAGAGUACUUUCAUCUCUUUUCCUCUUGCAAUAGAAGCAAACUCUUGUGAAAGAUUUGGAGGGUGUCUGAGGCAGAAGAAUCAGUAAAAUCUGGUGGGUUCUAUUGUAAAUGGCAGUUGGGUACCUGUGAAUAUUUGGAUCAGUGUUUGCUGUAUCCUAACAGUGGUCCCUGACUUUCAAGCUGGGGAAAAAAAAUUGUUGCUGGAGGUAUCUGAGCACAAAAAUCCUGUGCCUUUCCAAUGCUGACUAGUUGAAUUUCCACAGAGUUCCUAGAGUGUUCAAGAGCCUAGUUCAGUAAAAGGCAGUGUAGGUAAUGUUGUAGUGCUUUAUACUUUUACUUAAAAUUGCCAGCUACUGAUUUUUUUUUUUUUAUUUUGCAUUAAAUUUAGAGGCAGGAUACUGAGGGAGAAAUGGAUUCCACAUGAAGACAGUAGGACACUCUAAAGGGACACUUUAAAACAGGAUAAGUUCAGUAUGAUCUGUGGUAAAUGUGAGCUUGAAGAAAGCUACUGGCAGACUUUAAUUUUAUAAAUUGUCAUUUUCUGAAAUGAAUAUGUUUAAAUACGAGUAUAGGGGACGCUUGUCUAUAUGGUAUGAGGUUUCUGUUUUUUUGAAAUGAAACUCCGACACUUGACACAAAGAUGUGCUAAACGUAAAGGUAAAAGCCAUAGGUAUGAGUGCUAAACUGGGGAUUGAAAAGCAGGAGUGUAAAUACUUUAAUCACUAUUAGACAAUAAAAGAAUAUCAACCAUGGAAUGUUGCAUUAUUUGUUUCAUCCAAUAAAUGGGGAACGACUGAGUGACUGGCAAUUACAGUGCCAGCUCUCAGUGAUAGGUAUCAAUCUCAUUUGUAAUAAGAUUAAUAGCUCUUUACUGUAAAGUUAGAUUUGUUUAGAAAAUAAUUGUCUAGCUCUGUGUUCAAGGAUGUUAAGGACUUCUAAGUCUCAGUUGUUGCCUUGAGAUUAGAGGUGCUCCACACGUUCCGAAAAACUUGCAUUUCAAAGCCUUAACUGAGGGAGGAAUUUUUGCAAGGACAUUCCCUAAUGCUCUUUGUAAACCUGUAGUUCUUAGUUAAAAUCAGGCUUUUCUAUUCAGUCUUCUCCAAAUGCAGAAUUACUUACUGGGAUCUGUGCUUUCAUUCAGUCUUGUUAAAAAUGUUUCUUGUGUUUCAUAGUAGCCUUUGAGAAACUUGCAAAAAAACCCCAUGGAUCUCAAUUAAAAUGUCAAACAAUUUAAUUAAUGUAACUUUCAUUCUUUUUUACAAUGUUUUGUGUUUUCUGAGGUGCAAAUAAUAUGUGAUGAGAUUCUCUGUGGAGGGAGGAGUUGAUCAUGAAAGUAAAAGCUGGCUGUUUGUAUUUGUACCUGGCUUCUGAUAAGCAUCUCAUCUUUCACAGAGGGGAUAGGCCUGCUUGUUUUGCUGCAUAACUCUAUUUUUUUAGGUAUUUGUACAUUUAGAGACAAGGUCUCUGUCUGUGGAAUUAAUGGAACAAUCUGGCUGUCUGUCUAACUUUAACUCUUCGUUAAUUAAAGUCUGAUGCAAGUUGAGCAGUUACGUGGUUUUGGUAGCAGGGCUGGGGUUCAGUAAGCGGAACUAGGCUAUUUCUUUGUUCUUUUGGAACUCUCCUUUUCAUCAACAGUUUAUUAAUUUAGUAAGAGGGAAACCAUGCUCUGUUGUUGUGCCCCAUGCUCCCCAUUCAGACUCACUCUAAGCCUGUCUGGGGCAUGGUGGAACUACAAGCAGUCUUCUCUUCACCCUGAAGGACAGGUUGAAAGGCUCUCCUGAAGUAAUAACUCCACUGGAGUGACUUACCCUAUGCAACCUUUUCUUCCCUAUAAUUUCCUUCCCAAGUGUUUGAAUCCCAUGUUGCUCCCAUUCAUGGAGUCCUUCGUGCCUCCCUACUGCAACAGCUUGUACUGGGGGUGGGAGAAUUGAUGGGGCAGUGGGAACCUCUUGCUGCUCUCUGGAAUGACAACUUUGCUAGACUCUCGCUAUCCCAAAUGUCUGAAUAGACAAACAGGCUUCUCCAAACUCCACAUUACCUACGCUCCAUUGGAGGAGUUCUUCCCUCUAAAUGUAUGGACCUUGCUGGUCCCAGAGCCCUGUGUUACACAGCUACUGGUCUAUAGCUU